UGAUGGGUAGACUAGUUAACAAAAUUACGAUAAGUAAGAUUCGUAGUUGUCCGACGCGGGAAAUAGAUUAUAUUGUAUAGAAUAUAAUAAAAUUAUGUUUUGAAAGAAACAUAAUGUCUAGAUGACUUGGAGAGCUCAAUUAUAAAAAGUCUAUGAUUUGAAGACUCUUGUGGUUUUUAUUUUUGGCUGUAGAACAAGCCAUUUCUUUGCUAUUGUCUUUUCAGUUAUGGAUAAAACAUUGAAGCAGAUGACAAAACUUUUGGAAGUUAAAAACCAGACUCAAAAACAUGAACAAGAAAAAUCUACAUUACUAGAAAAUUCAAAAGAACUAGAAGUUGUGCCUGUAGAAAAAAGUAAAGUAGAGGAUGUAACAAAUGUUAUGGAGGAGAGUAUCCAAGAGAAAGAGAUACAGAUAGAAAAUGGCACAUUGAACUCAUCUCCAUCACAUGCACAACAUACUUCAUCUUAUGCUUCUAAUUCUUUGUAUAGAAAUAUAGUUGAUGAAGACAAUAAUGACAAAGGUUUUGGUACAAAGGACCAAAUAGCACAUAAUGUGGUUAAUGCCACAUCUAAUGUACAAGAAAGUGGGCCUGUUAAGGAGAAGGAUAAAGAACUAACCAGUCAGUGGCAAAUGCAAGAAUCACAAAACAAAUAUUUAGCAGAUAGUCAUUUUUCCAGUGAAAAAACAAAGGGUCAAGCCCAGAGAAAAUGUGAAAUUCUAGAAGGAAACGUCAUCAAUGAUCAUCAUCAGUUUCUACCAAGAAAUCAGGGAUGUUUAGAUAUAAUAAAGAAAGAAAAUGAAGUUACUGUGAAUGUGGUUCAUGAACCUGUUAUGAAAAUAUUGGAGAACACAGAUCUGCAGAAAUUACAGAGUGAAGUUGAAAUCAUUUUUCAAGUAGACCAGGAUGAAAUGGUUAUUGAAAAGUUGAAAAGUAAAGAAGGUGUAAAGAAAGUAAAUGACAAUACAGUUGCUGAAGAAGUUCGAGACAUUGUGGAAACAGCUGUAGAUAGUGAUAAUGUUAAAAAAGAUGAUAGCAAAGUCAAUUUCACUAUGAAAAAAUCCCAUGAAAAGCAUGUAGAUGUAGGGGAAAACUCUAAGAAACUUGGAGAAAUUAGUUGUUCAGGAUUACUUGAUACUUCAAAUCAUGAGGAAUUAGUUCCAGAUAAAGAUAUAAUGCUUGAGAAAAAUGAAAUCAUGAGUGUAGUUCCUCAGAUUAAUGAUGGUGAUUUUAUCACAGAACCAUCUGAUGAACAAAAACUUAACUUGAAACAGACAAAUUAUGUUACACAAAGCUUAAACUCAUCUGUGCAUAAAGGAAAACUUUCAAAUACAGAACAAGAUGUGAAAGCUGUAGGACAGAAAGAAAAGUUAAAGUGCAUAGAAAAUUCAAAAGUUAAAGACAAUCCCAUGUUGGUAAAAUCAUCUGAUUUAAUUACAGAAACCUCUGAAGUCAGUCAGUCAUUGUCAUCAAAUGAACAGAGUUUAACAGAGAGUGAAGAAACAAGAUGUCAACAGCUUGGGUCAGAUAAAAAAUUAAAUGCUAAAGACAUAGAGGAAACUGAAAUGACACAAAAAAUAGAAAGAAAGAAUAGAAGUCUUGAUAAAAAUAAUUAUAAUAGCACAGUCUUAGAUGUAGAAAAUUUUACAAAUUCUGAAAGAGAAGCAUCAGUAAAAGUUGACAGAACAGCAGAAAGAUCAUCAGGUAAAAAAAAAAGGUCUACCAUAGAAAGCACUAUGAGGACAUCAUCUGUUGAUUCUGAGUUAGAUGAAGCAUCUUUAAAAACUCCAUCACGUCCUUUAGAAAUAAUGAAAGAGUACAAGUCUUUUGUGAAACAAGAAGCUGAAAAAAUAAAAGCAGGAACUGUGUAUACCACUGCACACCUCAAAACACUAUCUCAUAAUGGAUUUCAUAAAGAACAAGUUGGAAAACCAUUAUCUGGAGGAGCUAAAAGGAAGUAUUCAGCAUCACCUGCAGACACUGAAAGUAAAGCAACACCAAGAAGAGAAGAAAAUGAUGAACCUCCAAAGCUUGAAACUCUCGAAAAUGAAUCGUAUAAAAAACCUUUUCAGCAUGGAUGGAAAAGAGAAAUAGUUUUUCGAGCAGUUGUAGAAGGCAAACUUCAAAACAAGAAGGGGAGAAUGGCUGAUAUUUAUUACUCCAGUCCAACUGGACAGAAACUGAGAUCCAUAAAAGAAGUGCAGUCUUUCAUGGAAAAACAUCCCAGUUUUCGUCUUCCUUUGGAAUACUUCACAUAUGCUAAAUAUUCUGUUUAUCAUGAGCCUUUAGAGAUUCACAGAUUAGCCAGUACAAAAUCUAAAACAUUAGAAAUUAUCUCUUCUACUCCUACUAAGAGGAAAAGAGUGUCCACCUCCAUAACUCCAGAAAUUAAAGUGCCAGUACCCAAAGCAAAAGAAACACCAAAAAAACAAUUGGAUGGUAGUGUAACACCUAAAACAGAAAAAAGGUGUAUUCCAAAAAUCAAGCCUACACCCACAGCAACAGGCAUACGUAAAAAAAGUUUGGAUAAUAUUGUAUCUAAAGGAGGAAACAAAUACAGUCCAAGAAUCAAGGAUACACCCAUAGUGCAAACAAGCGCACAAAAGAAACUGUCAGAUCGUGUUUUCACAUCUAAAGGAGAAUUAAGAUGUGGCCCACGAAUUAAGUAUACACCCAUAGUGCCAAGAAGCACACCAAUAAAACUAUCAUAUGGUAUUCUCAAACCUAAAAGAAAAAAAAAAUGUGGUCCAAAAAUAAAGUUUACACCCAUACGACUUAAAGAAGGUAAAUCUUCACCACAGAUCCAAUAUUUUUUGCAGUCUGUCAUAAAAAUCCCUAAAAUCUGUAUUAGGAAAUUAGAUUCAGAAAAAAGUGUGCAGGCACAAGAUAAGAUGCAGAUCAGUGCAAGCAAUAAUGUACAGGAUGAAGAUAAGAUGCAGAUCAGUGCAAGCAAUAAUGUACAGGAUGAAGAUAAGAUGCAGAUCAGUGCAAACAAAAGUAUACAGGAUGAAGCUAAGAAGCAGGUUAGUGCAAACAAAAGUUUGCAGGAUGAAGUGAAGCAGAUCAGUUCAAACAAAAGUAUGCAGGAAGAAAUUAAGACACAGAUUAAUGCAAACAAAGUAAAGAAGCCAAAAGCUAGGAAGAAGAUUAAUCCAAAGAAAAAUGAGCAAGUAAAACAUAAAAAGCAUCAGAAAACUUUCUCUUUGCUAUCCAAGAUCAAAGUUCGUUCAUCUAAAGCCAUUCUGUGUUCUCUACACUGUAUGGGUCGGAACUAUGAGCUCCCCUCCCUUCACUGUGGAAUAUGCCUCUGUCUGUUUCAUCCAGAGUGUGUUGGUAUUCCUCCCUCAAGCUGCUCUUCCAUUUUUAUAUGUCAGUUUUGCAGGAAAAAUGUUAAAGGAAAAGUGUUGUUUCUUCCAUCUGGUGAUCGCCCUUUCAUGCCUCAAGAAUUUCAGUUCUUGAAUCAAACAAAACCAUUACAUAAUGGAAAAGCUGAGGAAGAAGCAUUGACACCUGCUAAACCACCUGCUGAGAGUAAUAUACGGCCAAACACAACCAUUCCUCUUCCAGAAGUGGUGCUUACUCAAGAUCCCUUUGCUAAAGAAGGGAGCAUCAGAAACAACACCCCAAAAGCAACUGUACCACUCAAGACAUCCCUUGCUUCUUUGAGCAGUUUGGAACUUCAAGCUAUCCAUCCAUUUCCUGGUGCCCCAGUAAGGCAUAGUCUUCCACAGGGACAAAAAUUCAUACAUAGAAAUUCUCUUGCAGGUGAUAAUAUGGGACAAGUUUCAAAUGUUUCUCCUGUUUCCAAUAGUGAUGGGGUUCAUGGCUCUGUUGUGCAAAAUGUGCUUUUUAUGCCUGUACAUACUCAGACUUCUUCUUGUAGACCAGCAUCUGUUCAAGUAAUUCAGUCUCCAUCACAUGUCAUUGGUAGUGUUUCUGGUGCAGUAGUAACCUCUCUUCCACUUUUGUCAAGUUCUUCUCCUCAUCUAUUGCAAGCACUUUCAUCCCAUCCUCUAGUUAGAACUGGAAAUGAAGCUAUUGUUGAUGCUGGUAAAUCCCAACUAUUUCAAAGAACCCAGAAAAAUGUACUUUCACCAGCCCAUAGUACAGUUGCAAAUACGCCUUUGUUACCAGAUGGGUUCCUUGUUACUAACCCUGUAGGCAAACCAGUAACUGAGAAUACUAAUUUACCUUUACCCAUUUGCUCUGGUUCCUUAAAGCUACAGCCAGUAACAAAUUUAGUCACAUGUUCUUCGGGUAGUAACAUCUGUUUGACUCCAACCGUGUCUGUAGUACCUUCUUCAAGUAUAGCAGUUCUGCCUCAGGUUCUCCCCUUGAGGGGGUCUGUGUGUUCCACAAUCCCUUUUGCUUCAAAUAGUUCCACUUUCAGGGUACAAAUACAGAAAUCUAAUCCUGUCCAUUUAUAUAAGAUUGACCUUUCUGGGAGAAAGUGGUUAGAUAACAUGAAGACUACUAGUACUACAACAACAACAGUGUCAGACAAGAACAGUUUUGCAAUGUCUAAAACAGUAGCUGUUGAAAAGAAGACUGAAUCUUCUCUUACAGAAGAAGUACCACAAGCAACUAUUCCAUUUGUGAGUAGCCACAUAGAAACACCUUCACCAUUACCUAAAGAAGAUUUAAUGGUUCUAGAAAGUGAAGCACCUAGUGUGCAAACAGAGAUUGAAAAACAUAGUGUGCAAUCAGAGAUUAAGCUCAAAGAGGUUAAAGUUACUCUUGUCAAACUCCCAGAACGCAUAUACAACUAUUCUGUGAGGAGUCAGGCUUCUAAAGAAACUCUAAAAAUGCAAAAACCAAAACCGUCACUCUGUUAUAUUAAUCAACUGGUUGGAGGCUUUGAUUGUAUAAAUUAUAUAUUCCAGUAUUUAGGAGUAGCGGAUCUUCUCAGAGCCAGUCAAGUUUCUCGGUCAUGGAGAAAUAUUGCAAGACAAUCAAAUCUUUGGAAAUCUGUGUGUUUAAAAGAUCUGUACAUAACCAAUUGGGCCCGCUGUACCAGAACUUUACAACAAUUCAACACAACUUCUCUUGAUUUAAGAGAUGUUAAGCAUAUAGAAGAUUGUGUAACUUUCUGGCAUUACUUCAUCCAGUGUUUGGAAGACUUGAGAAAUAUUCGGUUUCUUACAUUUGGAGAGGUAGUACCAGAAGUUUUACCAGCAGUUUUUGAAACAAUUACUCAACUCCGAAGUCUCACCGCUGAAUGUGUCACUGAAGCCAUGGGGCCAUCAGUCUGGACUAUGUUGUGUAAAAUUGACUUCAUUAAAAUUAGAAGACUUACCAAUUUGAACUCUUUGUGGAUAAGGAGUGGAGGUGGGCUGCGACUCUCACCAUUAUUAUCCAGUGGGAGUAUACGGUGUUUGGGAAAUCUUAAUAUGCUUCGACAUCUGCACCUUACUACUCUUGUUGGUGCCCCAAGUGAAUCAUUUCAAUUCAUUGAAAAGCUUCUACUCUUAGAAUCUUUAGCAAUUGGGAACUGUUAUUUCUGGAACAGUUGGAAUUAUGCAUGUCUUGGUAAACUGAAACACCUGAAAAAACUGAGACUCGAAAAAGGAGGCCAGUUAAAUGAUCCUGGCUUGCAGAAUGCAUUAUCAAAUUUAACACUUCUGGAGGAACUCCAGCUAUUGUAUUUUGUGAUACCAUCCAAUUUGGGAUCUGCAUUACAAAAGCUACAAAACCUAAGUCAGCUAGUUAUGUGGCCAGACAUCUAUAAACAAGCACCAAGGGUGAAUCAGAAUACUUUAGAAGCUGUAUAUUCUCUCAAAAUGUUGAGUAAAUUUAGCUGGGGAGUGAUGUCAUUACCAUCGGAAACGAACAAUGAAGAUAAUACAUGUGAUAAACAAAAAAUUAUUCCUUUCUUAAGGCACAAAGAAAACUGUCAGUGGUCAUCUAUUAAAAACAGCAGCAAGAACCAAAUUAACCCUGAAUGUAUAGUGAGGGUACACUUAGAGGAACUUGAACAACAGUUAAGAAAUCUACUUACAAAUACCAGGAUUACUGUUUAUAGUGUGCCAUUGGAAAGUUUUAAUAGGUUUUGCAGUGCUUUCAGAUGAUAUGAAUCACAGAUCAUGACUGAUUAGAAUGGGUUAGGGUAAGUAACCUGUAUCUAAUAGUUCGAAAGUUGGGUUGAAGACCAUUCCCAAGAAAACUGCUUCUAAGGACCCGCCAAAAGUUGUUGUUUUUCUAAGAAGAAAAUCUGUCAAUCAUGUAGAUGUUUGUAAAGAAUGUUUUAUCUAUUGUCAGAAACAAGUGUGUAAAUUUUAUAAAUACCUGAAGGGCGGGAGUUGCAUGCGAGAGAUUUAAGAAUAUCAAUUUGUUAUACGACUUUUUCACAGUGUGUUGGUAUUACUGAUUUUGAACCAUACAAUAUAUUGAGGCAUUUUAAUUUUAGAAAAAUUUGACUGUUAAUUACCAGCUAUAUUUUAAAAUUUGUAACUUUCUGUGAUUAAUAUAUUUAAAUGUUUUGUAAAAGGCUUAUUCUACUGUCUUCUUUAAUAGCUAAUUGGUUAGUGUUAAAACAACAUCACAAUCCAAUUACAGUUUAAGUCUACAAAUAACUUCUCACAAAAACAUUUUAAGGUCCAUUCUUUGCUUUUUCACUGCCAAAUAUACUUGCUGACAGUAAUAUACGUUUUUAUCUAACUGAAAGUGCCACUACCCUAGUCGAUAUAAAGAUAUCAGUUAACGGAUUAGCUUUAUUUUGAAUAAAAUAAAAUAAUAUUGAGACAUGAAACAAUUUGAUGUGUUCCAUCUUUUAGUAUUUUUAUUUUGAAUGUGGUAUGUUUUCUCACCUAAACACUGUAAAAUUGGAUAUCAGUUAAGAAGUUUUAGUUAUAUUUGUGUACUUUGAGGAGACUUCAAUACUUUUAAAUAUUAAAUCUUACAACUACCUUUAUGAAAUAUUUCAACUUCAGAACAUGUCUAAUUUAUUGCAAGGAUGCAUUAACCCAUUCGAUACUGGUUACAGGUGAAAGGCCACGUCAUCUCAUUUGUUGACUCACAUUCAAAAUUUUAUUGAAAUACUAUUUCAUGAAAUAAUGUCAAUAAGUUUGGUAUCA